CUUAUCAUACUCUGUUUAGGUGUCCUGGGGCCACCUGAGGAUGCUGUCCUGGCUUCUUGUCUUCUCUGUCUUGGUUCUUCCAGCAUGGGGUGUUUCCUCCUGGGAAAACCCACAGACUACUCAGGUGUCAGAAGGGCUGCAGCAACUGUUUGGUAACAUCUCCCAGCUCUUUGAGAAAGGCAUACUGGGCCGUGAUGAUGUCUUCAUCAUGGUUUCUCGUGAGGAAUGGGGGGCAAAAGCAAUUGGCUGCAGCUCCAAGCUGAGCAGGCCAGUGGAUGUCCUUGUCGUACACCAUAUCCCUGGACUAGAGUGCCACAACAAAACUGCCUGUAGCCAGAAGCUUCGGGAACUUCAGGCCUAUCACAUCCACAACAGCUGGUGUGAUGUGGCUUAUAAUUUCCUGGUUGGGGAUGAUGGCAGAGUGUAUGAAGGUGUUGGUUGGAAUGUCCAAGGCUCUCAUGACCAGGGCUACAACAGCAUCUCCUUAGGUGUUGCCUUCUUUGGCACCAAGGAAGGCCAUAGUCCCAGCCCUGUUUCUCUGUCAGCUAUGAAGGCCCUGAUUUCCCAUGCUGUGAUGAACGGCCACUUGUCAUUCAAGUACAUCCAGCCACUUCUUGUGAAAAGUGAAGACUGCCUGGUCCCUCCACAGAAAGGGAUACAGAAGAAAGAUUGUCCCCACAUAAUUCCACGGUCUGUUUGGGGGGCAAGAGAGUCCCACUGCCUCAAGAUGACUCUCCCUGCAAAGUAUGCCAUCAUCCUUCACACUGCUGGGAGAACAUGCAGUCAGCCUGAUGAGUGCCGCCUGCUGCUCCGAGAUCUCCAGUCCUUCUUCAUGGACAGGCUAAGUGCAUGUGACAUUGGGUAUAACUUCCUCGUGGGCCAGGAUGGUGGUGUUUAUGAAGGGGUGGGCUGGAAUAACCAAGGCUCCAAAACUGACGGCUACAACGACAUCGCUUUGAGUAUUACUUUCAUGGGCACCUUCACAGGUUCCUCACCCAAUGCAGCUGCACUGGAGGCAGCCCAGGACUUGAUCCAGUGUGCUGUGGUCAACGGGUACCUGACCCCCAACUACCUGCUAAUGGGCCACAGUGAUGUGUCAAACACUCUAUCUCCUGGGCAGGCAUUGUACAACAUUAUCAAGACAUGGCCCCACUUUAAGCACUGAGGGAGACCCUAGCCCUAUCUGAGGAUGUGCUUCCUCCUGCUAGGUGUC